AUGGAAAUCACAUUAUGUUAAAGUGCCAGAUAGUUAUGCAAACUAACGCUCAGAUUUGUCGUGUUGGUACAAUAAACCGAUCAAAACAAAGGAUUUUCAGGUCACAGCAACAUUCGUAGUUUCAUACAGAUUGACAAGGAAAUACGGUGAAAUGUCGUUUAUAUCCAAACGAGAGAGGGAAGUUAAAAUAUCAGCUGUAAUUCAAGAACAGACGCAGCCUGACGGUAUCGCUGAUUAUUCUGUCGACGAAACUGCUGCUGCGUCGAACAACUCCGGUUCGGCGUCACAACAGUCAAUCGCGUCAAAGAUGUCUCGAUCGCGCUCUCGUCUCUUCGACGCUGAUAACCCGGGAGAAACAAGGCUUUAUUUGAACGUUGGAGGGCAGAGACACGAAACAUUUGUGAGUACUUUGGCAAGCAUACCUGACACGCGGCUGGCAUGGAUAGCUGAACGAGCUCUGAAGGAUCCAAGACCGCUCGGACAAAAGCGAGAAUUUUUCUUCGACCGGAAUCCCGCAGUUUUUACACAUAUUCUCAACUACUAUCGCACAGGGAAACUACAUUGUCCAAGGGAUGUGUGUGGACCACUCUUUGAGGAAGAACUUAACUUCUGGGGUCUGGACGAAAAACAGAUUGAAACUUGUUGUUGGGCAAAAUAUGAUGAACAUCGCGACGCUGAAGAGAAACUUCAAGGCUUCUCACGAGACGAAGAUCAAGAUUCAGACUUUGAAGACAUCGACAGCGGGUCUGGUGACAUCGAAAUCCCUAGUAGUGGAAGUGAACUUUGUGCCUCGCACGACUCAGCUCGGCGGGUCACAACAGCAGCUGCGCGCUGGAGGCAUCCAUGGCACACGAUGAAGAAAAAAAUAUGGAAAACAUUUGAUGAUCCUUACUCAUCGAAAUUUGCAAGGGCCGUCGGCUUUAUAUCUCUCAUUUUCAACGUAGCGGUCGUCACACAGUUUUGCAUCUUGACUUUGGACUACUUCAGUAAUGAGCACUCUCCACAGAAUCAAGUUCUUUUCAUCAUUGAGUCUAUAGCAGUUUCUUGGUUCACAUUAGAUAUCGCCAUUCGUCUACUAUGCUGUCCUGAUCGACGUCGUUUUCUAAAAACGCUUCAAAACUGGGCUGACUUCAUUGCCAUCAUUCCAUUCUACUUGGUUAUCUUGACUCCAUAUGACGAAAUACUCAGAAACUUCACAAUUUUUUACGUAUUUCGAAUGUUCCGCACCUUUCGACCAUUAAAAUUUUCUUAUGUUAUGCAAGUCUUUACACAAACACUUCGUGCCAGCUCACGUGAACUGUACUUCUUGAUUUUCAUCCUUGCGCUUGAGGUGGUGGUUUAUGGCAGCCUCGCUUAUUACUCCGAGCGAAAGACCCCUGAAACUAAAUUUAUCAAUAUCCCAGUCUCGUUCUGGUGGGCACUGGUUACCAUGACAACGGUAGGAUACGGUGACAUGUUUCCAACGACCCUGCCGGGUAAGCUGGUGGGUUGCGUGUGUGCUAUCAGUGGGGUUCUUAUGAUAGCACUACCAGUAUCUGUCGUGGCCAGCAACUUCUCGUUGUAUAAUUCCUACGCCAAAGUUAAGCUCAAACUCCCUUCAAGGGGAAAGAAAAAUAUGGUGGAUAAUGCUCUGAAAGCGUUGCAACUUGCUACGCCGCAAACCAGUGUAAGUGUUGCCUCACCGGACGGCGCAAACGGUAAUGGAAGAGGUCGAUAUUCAUCGCUGGUAACCUCAGGAAUUGAAUUAGGAUUAUUGAAUUCUACAAAGAAAAGUCCUUGUGAAGAAAUGGACGUUUUACCUAACUACGAAUCUACCGACAACAGACGAUACGGGAGACGCUCGGCGCAUUUCUCGUUAAACUUGAUUCCAAUAAGAGCACAUCCAGAGCUUCCUGAAGGCGACAGUGAAUCAGAAGAUAGCCCAAAGGGACUGGACUGUAAUCGUUUAAAACCUGCAAAUGAUAAAGUCACUUAAUCAUUUCGUUCCCAAAAUGUUCAAGAUCAAGUUAAGUUGUCAUAACUAACUUACAGUGACAUAAACAGGAGAUCCAUGUGGUUAUGUUUUCAUUUAGCUUAUACUCAUCGCAACUGAAUGUUAUAUUUGAAAAUAAACGAGAAGGUAGAAAUGACGUAGUUUCCUACAGCUCGUGAGCAGGUUAUCGAUGAGAAUGAUAAGUAAAACGUUCAUUCGAAAAGUCUAUGAUUUCGGUAAAAGAGAAAUAAUUGUUUGUAUAGUAGCUCUUAUUAUGAGUGCUUUGGUACAACAGUCUCUUCGCACGCGACAAAGUUUGAGGCUUGAUCGACGCGUGUCCGCGAGGGGUCUGGCAAUGAUAAUUAGUGCCAGACUUCCUGCCGGCUCAUUGUGCGUAAGGCCUCGAACUUCCUCUAAGGCGGAAAGACUCUCGGAGUGUUUGUAAUUAAAGCCUUCUGGCAAGUUGUCCGUAUAGAGGCAUUGAUAAAAACUUUCUUUCACAUUGAGUCACGAUAA